AUGCUGCCAUCCGUGGCACAUCAGCCGAUCCAGUUCCUGCCACACCGCCAUAGUCAAUCCCUUUAUUCUCCCGAUAUCCCUUACGACCUCCACGGACACAACAUACACUCUCUCCAGGAUGACCUACAGCACACACAUUAUGGCAGCCAGGGGUCUUCACUGCUCAGGGGCAGCAGGACACAUUGCCCGCGGCCGAUCCAGCGGCCGGAUAUGCAUACUCUAGCGAACGGCGGGCUACACGGUUCCUCCUCCUCGUUAGAGCAUACGCUACGGCGGAAGACCCCCAAUGGCACCCUCGCUGCUGGAUAUGAUGCUACUCCUGGGGAUAGGUCUAUCCAACAGCCCGCCGCCAAACACAUCCUCGUCUCCUCGCUCGAUAAUAGCCAAAUCCUCCCCCAACCUGGCCUCUCUCUGGAUCCUCUACAACAAUACAAAACCGUCGAACCUCUGCCUCUAUCACAACACCAAAAUUUUCCUCCCGCGUUCAAGCAAGAUGCCAAUAGAAUAAAUACCAUACACAACGGUAUACCCCAAGAAUUCCCAAAUACUAACUGGAUACGAUCACUAAAUCACCCUCAAGGCAUCGACUCUGUUUUAAACCAGACCUCUGGCUUCUCGGCAGGCCAGAGGUAUAAUUACUGGCAAAACCUGCCUACUGUUCCGACCGUUCUUGCUUCCUCCUUCCAACCUGGCCUUGGAGGCCCCGAAUCUGCCGCUGCUGCACAGUAUGGCCAAUACUGGCCCGAUGGGACGUACAUGCCGCCGUAUCGCCCCGCCGCAUUUCGAGACAACAGAUUCCAAUCAACACCAUCAAUAGGACAGAAUGCGUUACAUGGUAACAAUCGGUUUGCGGACGCACAAUCACUUUUCAACAGGCAAUCCCUGCCUCCCUCCGAAUUCCUCGCACCAGGCUUUUCCUGGAAUCCACUGCCAGCCCAGUCGAAUCUGAAUGGGCACCAACAGCAACAGCAGCAGCAACAGCAGCAACAACAAAUCUACGCUCAUGACCCCUCCAGAUCUCAGCAACACUAUGCUCCAAGCCAUAUCCCUCAAAAGGCCCCGGAACAAAUUUGGGAUCAAAAUCCAUUGCCGUACGGCCCCUCACAACCCGCUAAACAUGAUCUUCAUCCUCUAGAUUCCGUCGAUUCUCUACGGUGGCAUCAGCCGUCACAUAAUGGCCUACAUCAUUCGACCCCCGAUGUUGCUAGAUCACCAAGGAAUUCCGAAUUUAAAGAGAAGACUCUUUCCUGGGCCCAUAGUGUCUAUGUCGACUUACUUGCAUCAUUACAUAGCGCUCGAAAGAAAGCUAGCCAGGGAGGGGUAGAUUCACAUUCUCGUGAGGCCCUCAAGCCGAGCAUAUAUCCUAAACCACCCCGACAACCGACGUCCGAUUUCUCCUCACAUUCCGAUAACAUGGCUAGAAAGCAUAGAAAUCAUGACCAACAAGUUCAAUCCAUGCAUAUGCACCCCCAACGAAGCCAUUCGGUGCACCUUGAUCCCUCUAUGGGUGGAUUUUUCGAUGCGAAGAGACACCCUGCCCAUAGGCCUUUCCCAUCUAUAGAUGGGGGUUCUCAACAUAACCACAUGAGACAUGUGAAUCAACCAUUUGAUCAACGAAUGUCUGCCGAUAUGCCUAUGAAUGGCUACCGAACGAUUCGCCGUGGUCAUGGAGCUUCCAUGUCUCGAAUGUUCAGCCCCACGCAUGAGGCAAUGUCGAUAUCAGAAAAGGCCGUGUCAGCUUUGGAAAUGCUUGCUAGUCUGUGUAAGGAGAGUGGCUGGACGUGGAUCGAUGGGAUGCUCGUUGGUGGUUGCCUUGCCUAUGGCCUUGGUGAUUAUAAUCGAGCCAUGCGCUGGUAUACCCGGGUUAUCAAUCAAGAUGUUGCACAUGUUGAGGCCAUAUCAAAUCUUGCUGCUUCACUCCUUGCUUUGGAACGACGCGAAGAUGCUCUUCAACAUUGGCUACGAGCCAUAAAAUUACGACCGAGUUACUUCGAGGCUGUCGAGCAUCUUAUUGGACUAUUAUGCAGCAGCCAACGAGGCAAGGAAGCAGUCAGCAUUGUCCAGUAUGUCGAGAACGCUCUUCGAUUACCACCCAGUGGCGAUUGUUUCAAGUCGAAUCGUGAUCAAUCCGAUACGGAAUCAGAGGACAGGGAAUCUAGCGUAUCUACGAUAGAAUCUGCGGAUAAAAUGGCAUUCGAUUAUACGGAUAGUGUUCAAAGUCCUCUUGCGUUUGCCCGCCGUGGAUCCGACCAAUCUGCCCCUGGAUUCGGCUCUAGUGGCUAUGCUAUCCCUGGUGCAGAUAAUGGUAGAAUUCUUGGUCUUGUACACGCCAAAGGGAACAUGCUUUAUGCCCUAGGAGAUAAUGUCGCGGCCGCUGGAGCCUUCGAGGAAGCCAUCCUCAUAGGCACGGGUAAGCGACGCGGAAUGAAAAGUCUUAUCCGCCAUAUCCUUUCUUCCUUUGGCGAUGAGAACCGACAUGGCCCACCUACGUCUCGACCGUAUGAUCCUAAGGAAACCGUUCUGCUUUUCCCUGAAAAGGCUUUGCAGACUGCAAAACUGGUGUUCCACCCGCAUGGGACUUUGCCUGGCUUCCAAUAUCUUCCGGAUGGCUUGGCUAAAAGGGCAGCCAUUUCCACAACCAGCAACUCGCUACUUUCCCUUGCAAAGAUAUAUCAGGAUGGCAUGUCAUCGACGUCUUCAAAUGGAACCCCGAGGAGCACGCCAGGCGUUCGAGAUAUCCUUGCCUUAUACUAUUUGUCGCUGUCGUUACAGCCCAGUCCAUCAACUGCGAACAACGUUGGAAUAUUACUCGCUGGAAUUCAAGGUACAGCUGCCAAAUCCGUGCGCACGGCCGGUGAAAGUCAACUUCCCGAAAUCCCUGGUGUCAUUCCAGGUAGCGGCAUUUCACUCGCUUUGGCGUACUACAAUUACGGCCUCAACCUUGAUCCGAGACAUGCUCAUCUAUACACAAAUCUGGGGAGCCUUCUUAAAGAUAUUGGCCAGUUACCUGCCGCAAUCAAGAUGUACGAGCAAGCUGUACAGUGUGAUAGUAAGUUUGACAUUGCGUUGGCCAACCUUGCGAACGCAGUGAAGGACUCUGGAAGGAUCAAUGAUGCCAUCGGAUACUAUCGACGAGCUGUGAAUGCCAACCCCGACUUCGCUGAAGCAGUGUGUGGCCUGGCCAAUGCAUUGAAUUCCGUCUGCAACUGGGGAGGUAGAGGAGGAAUCUCUCCUCGCCGUGGUAUUAGAGACUUGUGGCAUGUUGAUGAUCAUGGCAGACUCCGUGACGCAAAAGAAAUGGCGGUUGAUACCGGUUGGAUCAAACGAGUUGUUGAUAUCGUGGACAAACAGCUGAAAGAUGGUGAGCUAUGGGGUUGUGGCACACUCCGAAACUUGACGCCGGACCAAUUGUGCCAGGCGCUCAUGUCACCAUCUAACAACAGCAGAGACGCAAUGAAUAAACGAACAACUUUGAACUCCAUAUUGCGUUCCUGGUCAGGGAAGAAAUGGGAAGGAUCAAGGACUGUUCGACUCAUCGAACGAAUGGUCAAAUAUAUUGGCUGGCAAUGGUAUCAGGAUCGAUACGUCCAUCACAGAGAAUACCCGGUUUCAAAGUAUUCGCGUCCUCACUUCCCAGCUACACUCGCCCCGCCCAGUGCUCCGACUGUUUUGCCUUUCCACACCUUCACCUGUCCACUAUCCGCAAAGCAAAUUCGCCAUAUUUCUCAGCGCAACGGUCUGCGUAUCUCGUGUUCCACGCUUCGCUCCCCGUGGCUGCCCGCCACAGUAUACCAGCCGCCACCUCCUCCGAGUCCCCAAAUCAAAGUUGGAUACGUUUCGUCUGAUUUCAACAACCAUCCUCUAGCUCACCUUAUGCAGUCUGUCUUCGGUCUUCAUAACCCAAACCGUGUCAAAGCGAUUUGCUAUGCAACAACGGCUAGUGAUAACUCUGUUCAUCGUCAGCAGAUACAACGCGAAGCUCCUGUCUUUCGUGACGUUAGCAGCUGGUCUGUUGAUCGGCUGGUGGAUCAAAUUGUGCGGGAUGGUGUUCAUAUUCUUGUUAACCUGAAUGGAUACACACGGGGUGCACGUAACGAGGUGUUUGCAGCUCGUCCAGCCCCUAUCCACAUGUCCUUCAUGGGCUUUGCUGGAUCGUUGGGUGCGGAAUGGUCAGAUUACAUCCUGGCUGAUGAACUCUCCAUUCCACCAGACACAUUAGCUCCUCGAGGACAAAGUGCGAGGAUAGAAGAACGAUUGUACGACCCAGAUCACAACGAAGAGGCAGAUGACUGGAUAUACAAUGAAAAAAUCGUAUAUACCAAGCAUACAUUCUUCUGCUGUGAUCACAGACAGAGUGCUCCUGACGCCCGUGGCCCGAAGUUGACGUGGGAAAAAGAACAGGUCAAUCGAUGGAAGAUGCGCAAGGAAAUAUUCCCGGAUCUCAAGGACGAUACUGUGAUUCUCGGUAACUUCAAUCAACUUUAUAAGAUUGAACCCACAACGUUCCGCACCUGGUUGAGGAUCUUAGCAGGUAUUCCUAAUGCUAUACUCUGGCUCCUUCGCUUCCCUGAUGUUGGAGAACAAAACCUUCGACAAACUGCCACAGCCUGGGCCGGUGAAGCAACCGCUUCCAGGAUUAUAUUCACCGACGUCGCGCCAAAGCACGCACACAUUUCUCGUGCUCGCAUCUGUGAUCUGUUCCUGGAUACGCCAGAAUGCAAUGCUCACACUACAGCAGCGGACGUUCUCUGGAGUGGCACACCGCUCCUCACUCUACCACGGUACAAGUACAAGAUGUGCUCUCGCAUGGCAUCUAGUAUUCUAACAAGCGCACUUCCACAAACGGAAGAAGGCAAACAAGCUGCGAGACAGUUAAUUUCUUCAUCAGAGGCUGAAUAUGAACAAACUGCAAUUGAACUGGGAUUGGGGAUGAAGUACGAGCUCAACAACGGCAAAGGCAGAGCAAGCGGACGACUAUUUGAACUUCGAAAAAUGCUUUACCUGAAUCGAUGGGAAAGUAAACUGUUUGAUACCCGACGAUGGGUCAAUGAUUUGGAAGAGGCGUACGAGAAGGUUUGGGCGAACUGGGUUCAAGGCGAGGAGAAGGAUAUAUGGCUAUGA